GCUGGCUGGGCAGUGAUGGCGGACGAUGGGGAUGGGAAGCUAAGGACUGAACAAGGAGGCGGGGGUGGCGGCGGCGGCAGCAGCAGUAGCCCGGAGGAGACGGCCGCCGGCAGCUGGCUCGGGGGGAGCGGCGGCUUCGACAUGCUGCUGAGCUUGGCGCUGCUCGCGAUCGUGGCGCUCGCGGCCUAUCGGCUCUACAGGCGCUGGGGCAAGAGGAGCGGAGUGGGGGGCGCGGCGCAGCAGGGCCAGGCCGACUCCUUGCCCCGCAUGAAGCGGCGGGACUUCACGCUGGAGCAGCUGCGCGAGUAUGACGGCGCGCGCGCGGCGCGCAUCCUCCUGGCUGUCAACGGCAAAGUCUUCGACGUGACCAAAGGCAGCAAGUUCUACGGGCCCGAGGGUCCUUAUGGAAUAUUUGCUGGCAGAGAUGCCUCAAGGGGACUGGCAACUUUCUGUCUAGAUAAAGAUGCUCUUAGAGAUGAAUAUGAUGACUUAUCAGACUUAAAUGCUGUGCAAAUGGAAAGCGUUAGAGAAUGGGAAAUGCAAUUUAAAGAAAAAUAUGACUAUGUAGGUAGACUGCUAAAGCCAGGAGAGGAACCAUCAGAAUAUACAGAUGAGGAAGAUACCAAGGAUCACACUAAACAGGAAUAAACAUUGUAAAUCACCAAAGUCAGGGGCCUUUGGAACUGCAAUCUCUUACUCCCCAUCACAGAAUGCCCUGUGUCUUUGGGUACAGUUCAUCUGCUGCGGAAAACGACUUGAUAGGUUUUGUACAAGAACAUCAUUACCCUCUCAACAAAAAAAUUGAUUACUAGGCAUUCUUUGCUGCCAAACAUAUUUUUUGUUGCAGUUUAACUGUAAUGCCUGGAAAGGCUUCAGAAAUGGAAUGGGCGCAGGGAUUUAAAAUGCAAAGAAAACUAAUCUUUUUAGCAUGUUGAAGCCUAUGAACAGUUUGUUAUUUACAAGCUUAAGCGUUUCAUAUGCCAUUUUCUACUUCUCUUGACGCUAAAUGAAAAACCUAGUUAAGGAAUCCUAAGUAAAUUUGGCUGCUGAAACAUAAUAAAAUGAAAAUACUCAGACUAGUUUGUGGGCCAUUGGUUUCCAUGGCAGAAAACUACUUCAGAUCUCUGCAGAUUAAAGGGUUUCAAAUAGAAUCUCCUGGAGGAUAAAGGAAAAUUUAUCUGCAGAAGGUAUCAUCUGAAGCUUCUAUGAUUUUCCUUCCCCCUCAAUCAAAUCGGAAUAAUUGUGCCUUAUUUCAACUUAGAGACUUGAAUUGUUUUAAGGGAAAAGCCCAAAUGUGACCUGAGUCACUAAAAGCAGCAUUGAGGACUGAAGUUAGAACAUUCGGGUGACUGGAAAACAUUGAUGUCAUUCUGUAUAUAGAAUGUAAAGGAAUACUCAGUGUUACUGCCAUAUAUAUAUAUAUAUGUUAAUAUACAUAAACUUAAUUAGCAGUGUAAUGGCCAAAUGCACUCCCCUUUUGCUUUUUAAAUAAACAAGCCCACCUCUUCCCUAAAUUUAUGGAGCCUAGACUCAUAUCUUUGAGAAAUGAGGAAUGCGCAUGGAUGUGGGUGCUCAAGUGCAAGAAAUGGAGGGAUGGUUCCUGCAGAUACUGUAAAUAUGAAUACAAUUUUAAUAAAGCAUGUAAAAUACCAAAUGUGCUGUCAAACUUUAUGUAGAUGCUAUUAAGCUAGUAUCGGUGGCCAGGACUCGUGUGUAUGAGUAAAAGAAGAAAUAUUGGAGAUAUUAAAUAUUUUUGCACUGCUAUUAAAUAAAGCUUUACCCAGCUCAUUUUUACUUAGUCAUCACACUUAAUUCACAACAGAAAUGUGACAUUCAGGUACAGUUUAUAUGAAUGAGAGCAAACAGGUGGCAUAUAACAGUGAAGCAUGUCUGUAUGUAGACAUGCUUUGGCUAUUACUUUUCAUUUAAGGUUGUCAUUCCUUUUUCUUGGCAUAUUACAAGCACAGCUUGUUUUUAUCAAUGUGGCAGGUAAAGGAAAAAAAACUAACUUUUUAUUGAAUGCAUUUCCUGUAAAUUAGUCAAUAAAGUAGCAUUAAGCUGCCAUCAAUGACCAACACAAGGAAAAUCAUGCCAUGCAGUAAUAAGACAGCCAUGUGUCGUGCAUGAAGAAAACCGAGCUGUGAUCUUCAAGCUAUGUGAUAUAGUGUGUUUAACAAACAGCAUCCUCCUCCUGUCCAAAAUGACCAAACAGUUCCGGACCAUGCUCAGGUUGGCUUGUGAGUAGAAUGUUCUUAUGGUGUCAAUAGGAAGAUUUUCUAUCUGCUGCCCCAUUUUUUAAAAUGUGAACAUGCUGUUGUCCUUUAAUUUGAAAAUAAGCCUCCACUGAUGAGCCACAGUUACAACUCUUCCACUCCAAAAAUGUAUUCCAUAAUUGAAAUAAUGCAGUCUGUUUUGAGAAAUGAACAAUUUGUGUUCCUACUUUUUUUUAAAUAAAGUGUUCUGUAGAUACA